AUGAGGCUCGUCCUUAUCAUUCACUUGGCUCUUGCCAGCCUGGCAAGCAUUGCGUUGGCUCAAGAUGUCUUGUUCCCGUAUAUGCAUGGCCUAAAAUACUCAGAGUAUAAUGAGACUGUCAAGUUGGGACUAUCAGUCCACACCUGCAAAGAUGAAGCGGAAUGGUACAGCAUGACCACGGCAGACUUUGCCAAAUACAAGGCCAUCAUCGUCCCCGACUGUCUCUGCAACACCAGUCUCAACACCAUCAAGUUCCUGGACGAUACAAAAAAGGUAUGGUCCCCGGCCGUGACGGGGAACAUGGUCCUCAUUGGCACCGACCCGUCCUUCCACGCAAAGUGGUUCGGGCUUCCGGGCGCCUAUGCCAUGAUGAAGGACGCCAUCAGCCACGUCACGCUCGGCAACAAGAAUGGCACAGGCAUGUACUUCUCGCUCUCGUGCUACUACCAAAGCAACUCCAGCCAGAUGGCUGUCCAGUCUCUGUCCGAGAUUGGAAACUUCCAGGUCCGGGGCAACCUCAGCCACCCGUGUCUGAACGACGCCCAUCUUGUGGCUACAUCCGACGUCAUGACCUCGCUGAACGACGGCAUGGCAAGCGACUGGAACUGCAGUGUCCAUGAAGUGUUCUCGGACUACCCUCGAGAAGGGUCUGGUGGCUUCAAUGCGCUUGCCGUGGCCGUGAAAGCUUCUGGUCCGGGGCAGCAGGAGUUUGCUGAUGGCACCGUAGGUAUUCCCUACAUUAUUGCACGUGGAGCAACUCCUGUUGGGUGCGGAAACAACGUGACGGACACCAAGUUCCACGAGCAGUGCGACGAAGGCAAGGCAAACGGUACUCCGGAGAGUCUUUGCUCGGCGUCGUGCAAGUGCAUCUAUGGCAUGAUCAGUCCAGGCGUGUGUCGUCCCAAAGACAAUACCACAUCGACGACUACCAGUCAGAUGUCAAGUUCCACGGUCUUUAGCAACUCUAGCAGUACAAUCGCUUCGAGCACUUCACUCCCUGCAAACUCAACCUUUUCUCGGCCCGUUGUUACAGUCACGGCAGCGCUGCCUUCCAGCAGCAUGACGGGAAAUCUCACCUUUACCAAUUCCUCCAGCACUCCUAAUCCUACCGGGCCGGAGACAGAUCCCAUCACGGUGACCGUCUAUCCCUCCAGCCCCAGCUCUCCUUCGAGUGCUCCACCGACAAUUACCGCAACUCCUAUGCCUGCGCCUGUGCCUUCCUCGGUUGCUCCACCAAACAACAGCUCGAGCGUGUCUUACGGCAAUGGCACCACGCCGCUUGAACCUCCCCGUCCCCCUCCAACGGUGACUGUUUUCCCUUCAGAUGUUCCAUCAGGAAUACCGCCCGGAACCGUCACGGUUCUGCCACCAACAUUCACUGUGAGACCUCCACCUCCUGAAGAUCCAUCAGGAUCAGCACCGGGGACCGUCACCGUCGAGCCAUCAUCUCCGUCCAACUCUGGUGGCUCACCACCCUCAUCGCCAUCAGGUUCAGGCCCAGUCACAGUCACAGCUCUUCCGUCAUCUCAGUCCGGCAAUGGAACUUCUCCACAAAGUUCCGGCUCUCCGUCGUCAUCAAACCCUGUAUCAGGACCCGUCACGGUUACAGCUUUGCCCCAAUUCAUGAGCGGCGCUCCUCCGUCUUCAAUGCCCUCGCAGUCUGGCAAUUCUUCAUCCCCGUCGUCCCAGUCAAGCGGCGGUUCGGCGUCUAGCGGACCCAAUGGGCCGGUCACUGUGACCGCUUCCGGAUCCGGUCGACCCAGUAAUAGCAAUGCACCUCCAUCAUCGGAAACAGCUACGGCUGAUCCUGGUAUGGAAUCCUCGAGCAGUUCCCCUGCGGGAUCAGCACCUGGAUCUGGCACUGCCACUGGAGGGCCUCCAAGCUCUCCUUCCUCUUCUGGUCCACAGUCGGGAGCACAAACAGUCACGGUGACGGCGCAGCCGCCUGACCAGCCGGUUGUGUCCUCUCAAGCACCAGGAGGAGGUUCGUUCUCAGACAUCCCGGGCUCCUCAGGCUCUGCCUCGCCUUCGAAUUUGCCCGGCGUGUCUAGUGAUGUCCCCGGCGCCUCUGGGGGCCAGGUGACAGCGACAGCUCAACCCUCAGCUCAAAGCAGUUUGCAGCCGUCAUCUGGCGGUGGUGCUGGUACCGGUGCUGGUGGUCAGGAAUCAUCAUCUUCUCAACCUGACGGAUCCUCUCCAUCCAGCCCGGGCUCGGGCGCGAAUACAACCCCUCAAUCAACAGUGACGGCUGUUCCCAGCGCCAGCGGCGAGUCUGAUACAGAGGGACCCGACACAAAUGGAAACCCCGGAGCAGUGCCGCCGUCCAAUAGUCCGGUUACACCCACGGACUCUGGACAAUACCCGUCCAGCACCAAUGCGGAUGCUCAAACAGCCUCGGGAGACCCUAUCUCUGCAAGCCCAUCAUCUGGUGCCGGUGCUGGAGCUGGGGCUGGGGCUGGAGCGGGGACAGCGUCGCAACUUUCGUCCAGUCACCCGCCGUUCAGCAACCAAACUGCUACCUUCAUCUCCUCGGGAACACGUGCAUCAUCCGUGACCGGUAGUCAGCCAACAGAGGAUUCUGGUUCAUCCCCAGCAGCAGGCUCUUUGAACACUGCAACUGCUACACCUGUCCCUGUAUCAGGAUCAGGUACCGCGACUAUGGGCGGAAGCAGCAGCUCGGCUGGCAGUGGUGCUGGCAGUGGUAACGGCAAUGGAAGUGGUAGUGGCAAUUCCGGUUCAGCAACGGGAUCUGCACAAGCUCCUGGGGGGACAGGCACAACCAACCCCUCUAAUGGCGGCUCAGGAGCGGGUGGCUCCCUCACUUCGGGUCCCUCAGGGGCGGUUAGCAGUGGACAGCCUGUCGGUGGUACUGCGUCUGGUUCACUUUCGAACAGUCAGUCGUCGUUGACUUCAGGGUCACCCAUAUCUGGAUCCUUUGGAGGAUCACUGACUGCCACUUCCGUAUCUGGCUCUGGAUCACCUACCACCCUGCCCGGCCUUCCGUCUGGAGGGACUUUGACACAAGACCCAAACAACACUCGCCCAGGCUCUGCCGUUUCUACAGGCCAGGUAAACGGCGGAACUGGUAGUGGUGGUGAAGCUUCUCAUACAGGGCCGUCUGGGUUCGUAAACGGAACCAUGCCAGGAGCUAGUUCUUCUUCUGCGCCCACCGGUGCUGGAUCGGGCGGUGCUGGUACCGGUGCUCCGAUAUUCUCAGGAUCCGGAGCUACUAGUCCCUUCCCGACAGCAACCCCAGUGAGUUGUGAUAGGUGGAUCGGUGUCGAGAUCAUUUAUAUGAUUGAGGAGAUCGAGGUGUGUCCUGAAGGGGCUACAGUCACGACAACAACGACCUCAACCACUGCCACCAUGUCUCGGCCUAUCUGCCAAACUUCAGCAACGAACCUCCCAUGUUACCCUUGUAUUAUGGGGACUCAUACCUCGUCUGAUCAUACUUUCACUGUUACUAGGACGUCGUGCACAACCGCAACGGAGCCUACCGUAACCGUCACCAUCCAGCCCUGCAACACCUGCACGACAUUAACUUAUACUGGAACUGUUCCUGGACACACACCGGGAGGUCCUUGCCAUGCAUGCAGUUCAUACGGCGAACCAGACGCUACUUCAACGGUGACAGUCAUUGACCCGGGUGUUGGUCGUCCUUCUUCGGAGGUGUGGUUCUCGGCGCUCAACCCAACAAUCAUUGUGACUCAACCAGCGGGACCGGCAGCAAGUGUUAGUAAUGAGGCGGAAUGUACAACAUCGACUAUUGUUGGAGUAGGCGGCGGAUACCCAGGACCAGGCUCGGCAGGAUCGGUAACGGGAACAUCACCGGCUAUCGUCCCGAUUCAUACCGAUCCCCCCACACCUGGUGGUAGCGACAAUGAGCACGACCCAGCUGGGUAUACCUACGGUCCUCCUCCUCCUCCUCUUCACGAUCCUCAGUCAUCUAGUUCCGCACCAGGUGUACCGGGAGCGCCGGGGGUAGGGAGCGGAGGAGUGUCAAAUGGUGACUCACAUGGGCCCGCCAUGACUCCAACAGCACCGGUGCCGACUCCGGACCCGGAUCCGGUGAUGGUCACCAAUACAGCUGUUCCAUAUCGCCCCACAAUGGCGGCCGGGCCAGAGUACAGUCCUAUCUUAGCCGGUGCUCCGGGUUCCAACAUCGAGGCCAGGCGUGCUGGUGCCGGGGUGGUCCUAGGGUUGCUUGGGUAUAUUGUGGUGAUUUUGCUCAGUUGA